AUGAGUAGGAAAAAUUCUAAGAAACUAAAAGUCUAUUACUUACCUGUAACGCUAACCCAAUUUCAAAAGGAUUUAUCAGAAAUUUUGAUAUCCCUGCACGCCAAGUCAUUCAAAGCAAGCAUAAUAGGAGAACCACAGGCAGAUGCAGUGAACAAGCCUUCCGGCUUACCUGCUGGCCCUGAAACACAUCCGUAUCCAACGCUAUCACAAAGGCAAUUAACCUAUAUCUUUGAUUCAAACAUAAGAGCAAUAGCCAAUCAUCCUUCCCUUCUAGUGGACCAUUAUAUGCCUCGACAGCUUUUGAGAAUGGAGCCCACGGAAAGCUCUAUUGCUGGGAGCCACAAGUUUCAAGUUCUCAACCAGCUCAUUAAUUCGAUAUGCUUUAGAGACAGAGAGGGCUCACCAAACGAAGUUAUAAAAUGUGCCAUCAUCGCACACAGCAUAAAGGAAUUAGAUUUGCUAGAAGGUUUAAUAUUAGGCAAGAAAUUCAGAACCAAGAGACUUUCCGGUACAUCUCUUUAUAAUGAGAAACACAAAUUCCCUAAUCUACCUACGGUCGAUUCCACAAUAAAUAAAGAUGGAACACCAAAUUCUGUAAGCAGCACAAGCUCUAAUUCCAAUUCGACCUCUUAUACAGGUUAUUCUAAGGACGACUAUGAUUACUCAGUGAAAAGAAACCUGAAAAAAAGAAAAAUAAAUACGGAUGACUGGCUGUUUUUAGCCACUACCAAACAUCUCAAACACGAUCAAUACCUAUUGGCUAACUAUGAUAUAGAUAUGAUAAUUAGUUUUGAUCCAAUGUUGGAAGUUGAAUUGCCCGCUUUGCAGGUACUGAGGAAUAAUGCCAAUAAGGAUAUUCCGAUAAUAAAGCUAUUAGUACAAAAUUCUCCAGAUCAUUACUUGUUAGAUUCUGAAAUCAAGAAUUCAAGUGUUAAAUCGUCGCAUUUGAGCAAUAACGGUCAUGUCGAUGAUAGCCAAGAAUAUGAAGAGAUCAAAUCCUCCUUACUAUAUUUUUUGCAAGCAAGGAAUGCUCCGGUGAACAACUGUGAGAUUGAUUAUAUUAAAUUGGUAAAGUGUUGUUUAGAGGGGAAAGAUUGCAAUAACAUUUUACCGGUUUUGGAUUUGAUAACGUUAGAUGAGGCCUCCAAAGAUUCGAGCGAUUCUGGGUUUUGGCAGCCUCAAUUAACAAAAUUGCAAUAUUCGUCUACAGAAUUGCCCCUUUGGGACGGACCAUUGGAUAUCAAAACCUACCAAACAGAGUUAAUGCAUAGAGCCGUCAUAAGAUUGCGAGAUAUACAGGACGAGUAUGCCAAAGGCACUGUUCCACUGUACGAGAAACGAUUAAACGAAACUCAACGGCAGAACCAGUUGGACGAAAUAAAGAAUUCUGUUGGUCUUACAUUCAAGAAAAAACAAGAAGUGGAAAAAUCCAUUAAUGACUCUGAAAAAAGGUUGAAGCAUGCGAUGACAGAAUCUACCAAGCUACAAAAUAAAAUAAAUCACUUACUGAAAAAUAGGCAGGAACUAGAGAAUUUCAACAAAUUGCCCUCGAAUACUAUUUCAUCAGAAAAUCAUCUGGAAGAGGGAUCUGCCUUAGCAGACAAGUUGAAGGAAUACAUAGACAAAAAUGCGACUCUUUUUAAUAAGUUAAAGGAACUCCAACAAGCAAAUGCGGAAAAAUCAAAGCUCAAUGAUGAACUACGUUCCAAAUAUCAAAUAGAAUCUUCAAAAGCCGCAGAGUCCGCGCAAACAUUGAAAAUUUUGCAAGAAUCAAUGAAGUCUUUAGAAAACGAAGUUAAUGGUCCACUGACUAAAUUUUCCACAGAAAGCUUGAAGAAGGAGCUGGAACGUUUACAGAAUGAUUUUCAGUCGCUUAAAGCAAGAAACAAAUUCUUAAAGAAUUACAUAACCUUAAUGAACCGACAGUACGACUUAAAAAACAAAAACAACGUCCAGGUGGAAAAAGCUGCCGCAAAUGGUACACGGUUUAGAUCAACAAGAUCCAAUACCCCUAAUUACACAUGA